AUGCGAUCCCGAACCGGCUGCUUGACAUGCCGGACUCGCAAGCUCAAAUGUGAUGAGCAAAAGCCUGAGUGCUCACAAUGUCGCAAAGGGGGCCGAGAGUGUCGGCCAAGCGAGGGAAUUGUGUUUCGCCAUCAGCAAAAUGCCUCGAUGAACGAUAACCCCCAGGAAGCGCCUGAAGGGCGCGGGGACCUGAAGGGGUUCUAUUCGUAUAAAAACACGUUUGACAAGGACAGUGUUUGGCUGGACGUCCCUAAACACGUGAUCUUCGUCGAUAAUUCCGAUCCAUAUGCCGACGACAUCGAAACCUCCCUUGCCGAAUCCAGCGCUGUCGCGCUGGCACAAGCUCAGAACCAACGAUGGGGCAGCGGCUCCAGGGCUAGUGAUGCAGGAUCACAUACUCUCGAGGCUCUGUCGACUGUCGCCAGCCAUGAUCGGUUCCCUUACUCCCCCAUGACCCAAUCCAUCCCCGACAGCGUCUCAUAUCCCUCCCCGAACCCCUCCUCGAACCGAUCACGAACCAGUGCGAUGCCUCCUCCCUCAUCACCCUCCAUGUCCCUAUCGGCUAGCAGCAACAACACAAACAUCAACUUUCUCCUCAAUCCGUCGCACUCCUUGUCUCCUCCUGUAGACCCUUCCAUGACACCCGACUCACGAAGCACCUCCCUCCCGUCUCGACCUGCUCCAUCUCGAACAAUAGAGCACCUUGUGAAUAAUACUGAAACCGAUUUCGAAGUCGCAUUUCUGUUGCGACAUUAUACCGAGGGGCCAGGGCUGUGGAUGGAUCUAUUCGAUUUGGGCACGUACUUCGCCUCAUAUGUUCCAGUCAGAGCGAUGUCGAAUCCGCUGCUCAAGUAUGCAGCCUGCGCAUAUGCCGCAAAGCAACUAGGUCGGGUGAAAGGUGCCAAGGCGAAGAUGGGCGGGGUAUGCUCUCGACAAGCCAUCAUGGAAGUAUGGCCUGAAAAAGACAACAACUUCCUCUGGCAUGGCGCAAAAUAUUAUGAAAAAGCCAUCCAGCUGCUGAUGAAAGAGCUGCAACCUGAUACUUCCGGCGCGCUUCCCGAAAAUAACUCCGAGGCGUCGGGACAAUGGAACGCGACUAAACCCUGUGAUGAUGCAGAGAAUCCUCGUAAGCGUCGUCGGCGAGUGUCUAACAGUCGGCUCUCCCGAGGCGUACAUUCGGACGAAAUAUUGGCGGCAACGGCCAUUUUGUCAAUAUAUGAAUUUCUCGAUGCGACAGGCCCGGCCUGGAAUCGUCAUUUGAGCGGUGUCAAAUCCCUGCUUGAUAUGGCCGAGGUUGGGAUCAUGCCAGUUGACCAGAGCUCCCCUGAUGGAGAUAGCCCGUAUCAGUCGUUCAACAAGUCACGUCUUUCCAAGGCGCGCAAGGCGACCUUCUGGAACUUUGCGCGACAGGACUAUCUAGCUGCAUUUAUCAACGAAUGCCAGACGAGAUUGAACACGGAUGAUAUUGCACUUUGGACAGAAGCCGGCUUGCAGCUUGAUCACAUGGGCUUUGUGCGCCCUAGCAAUACAAGUGCUGCAGGAUACCCAGAAGGUGACGGUAUAAUGAAAGAAGAUCUCAUCUGCAAUGCUCUCAUCUGGAUUCUGUCCAAAAUUGUCAAUUUCAUCAGCUCCGGUGAUAACUCUAAUGCGAAUGACAACCGAUCAGUCGAGAGUGGGCCCCUAGGAGUUUCGCAGCAAGUCCUCCUAGAGCGGUGGUAUCGACUCGAAGCUGAGCUUGACGCCUGGUAUAACGGCCUACCGAACACUUUCCAGCCAUGCGCGCGGAUCGAGCCGUCCCAGAUCUCCCAUUAUCGACCCGCCGAAGAAGCGAAGGACCUCGCUACGCUGCAGGAAAUAUGGUAUAGCAUUCCGAUGUGCGCCUCGACCAUGCAGCACUACCACAUGGCGCGCAUUCUCCUGCUCAUCAACAAGCCAUAUGAGAGCACCAGUCGCCGAAGCACCAUCACCCUGCGGCUGCAAUCGUACCGGUCCAUAGAGGCCGAGAUUGGGUACCAUAGCCGGGAGAUUGUUAGUAUUGGACUGGCUCGCCCAGAUGGGAGCGUAAGAAUCCACGCUUUGCAGCCUUUAUUUGUCGCGGGCCAGUGCCUGACAGAUCCGCGCGAGCGCCGGGCCACGAUUCGACUCCUACGAGCUAUCGAGGCUGAUCUCGGAUGGGCGACUGAGUACCGUGUGCAGCAAUUGCUGAAGGAGUGGGGGUGGGAUGAGAGUCUUCUCCAUUCAGCAGGGAGUUGA